UUACAAAAUCCGUGCUAAUGUCUGCGAGUGGUCGAUUAGUGUCAUCCUGACACUAAGCGCCGUCCCGCGCGCCUGUGAGGUAGUGGCUAGUGACAUAGUGACAAACUGGUACUUUCUAACAUGGGGAUUACCGAUGAGAAAAAUGCGGUUAGGCCUAAGGGUCUGGGCGUUCGUCACGCGCAGACGUUGCUGCUGUUCUUCGGCAUGCUGUUCGCGUUCACCAUGCGCGUCAACAUGAGCAUGGCCAUCGUCGACAUGACCGACGAGAGGAAACCCGAUCACUUCCCCUGGCCUCACAGCGUGCAGGCUGUGAUCCUGUCCUCGUUCUUCUGGGGCUACGUGAUCCUGCAGGUGCCGGCAGGGGAGCUUGCUUCCAGGUUCGGUGGCAAGUGGCUGUUCACCACCUCUAUUGUCGUCAACUCCGCGAUCUCGCUGCUGCUGCCCACGGGGGCUGAAUGGGGUGGUUGGAAGCUGGUGUGCAUCUGCCGAGUGCUGCAGGGUCUGACGCAGGCGUUCAUCUACCCGAGCACGCACCACCUCGUCAGCCAGUGGAUGCCCAAGGAGGAGAAGGGGCUGCUCACCACCACUGUUUAUGCUGGCGGGCAACUGGGCAUAGCUCUGCAAUUACUGGCAUCAGGCUUCCUGGCCACGUCAUGGGGCUGGCAGGCUAUAUUCUACGCGAACGGAACCUUGGGAGCAAUCUGGUCGAUCACAUACAUCAUAUUUGGUGCUGAUUCACCAGAAUCAUCCAAAUUCAUUUCGGAUGAAGAAGUAUUGUAUAUUCAGACUUCUUUGGGAAGAGAUGGCGAACAAAAGAAAUACCCGACUCCAUGGCGCAGCAUCGUGACAUCGCUGCCGUUUUGGGCGGUGAUCGUGGCGCACUGCGGUCAGAACUGGGGCUUCUUCACGCUCAUGACCGAGAUGCCCACUUACAUGGCCAAAGUGCUCAAUGUUGAUCUCAAAAAUAAUGGUAUGCUAUCGUGUCUGCCGUACCUGAGUAUGUACUUGCUCAGUUUCGUCAUGGGAGCCAUGACAGACGUCAUCAUCAAGAACCAAUGGCUGUCAGUGUCAGCUACUAGGAAACUUUUUAAUUCUAUUGGUCUAUGGGGUCCAGCAGUAGCCCUGAUAGGUCUGUCAUAUGCGCCUGAAGGAAACAUGGCGUUUGCCGUGGCUAUGCUUACUCUCGCUGUCGGUAUCAACGCCGGCCAGUACACUGGAUAUAUGUUGGUCCACAUAGACCUGGCUCCUAACUUCAGCGGUUGUCUGAUGGGCAUCACCAAUUUCUUGGCAAACAUCAUCUCUAUCAUCGCGCCCCUGGUCUGUGGAUUCAUUGUUCAUGAUGAGACGGAUCCGUCGGAGUGGCGUAAAGUGUUCUUCAUAGCCUCAGGAGUGUACUUCUUUACAAACCUGUUCUUCAUACUGUUCAGUACAUCGGUGAGGCAGCCCUGGAACGAGCCUAAAGUCGACGACGUCGAAAUGAAAGCUCCUGAAGUGAAAGAACCUGAAAAGUCGAAGUUGGAUGCGGAAUGGAGUCGACGCUGAGCUGGAUUUAGUUAUAUGUAUUCGAGUACCUGAAUUAAGUUUGAUAUAUUUUUUAAUAAAAAGUCAUGAUUAGGAUAAUGUUAAA